UUUUAUUGUUGUGGUUUUUCCCACAGAACGCUCGAAAGCGGCAAGUCGAGACGAAAAUUUAAUAUCAAGGACUACGAAAAGAACAAGAAUCUCACAAUAGCCAUAGGAUUUACCUGCUCUCUCUCGCACGCAAAGACGGGACGCCGCAAUCAGCUGAUUUGGUGGGACGCGGGCAUCAAUUUUUAUCUGCCUGCCUGCCUGCUUGCCCGUCUGCCUGUCAAGAUUCGCUUUCAAAGAUUCUUCGAGCAUUCUUUGUGAAGUAUUAGUAAUGUAAAGAUUGUCUAUGGAUAUGGACACAAAUUCGGAUGCGUGUUCAAUGUCAUCGCUGGAAAGCGAAAGUGAUCUAUCAUUGGCCUUCGAACAGGAUCAGGAUAAUCAACAGGAUGGUGGUGGAUGUGACGAACUGCCAGCCUUCGAUACACGUGCCCUCUCUCCCCAUGGACGCACUCCGUCGCCCAUUAACGAUUUAAAUCUUUCGGAUAUUGAGACACCUAAGCAACAGCCGCAGCAUCAGUUAGAACAAACGAAAGAUGAUCAGGUCAAUCUUCAAAGUCAUCCCGAUUUUGUGGCUCUACAUGAGAUAAAUGCCCAAAUUAGUCCUCCCAGCGAUGCCAACGAUUCAAAGAACAAUCUAGAGACCAUAUUCGAGGGCGUUUUUCUUCAAACACCGCCACGUGAGAAGACACCAAAAUCAAGCCCAAGCUCAUCAUCCUCCUCUUCACGUUUUACACCGAAACGUAGUCGGGCCAAUCUCAUGGAACUGGUGGCCAUGAAUCGCAUACAAAAUGGCAAAGAGAAUCAAUCACCCUCGACUAAAUGGCAAUGUCAGUAAAUUUCCAAAAUAAAUCUCAAAAACAAAUUCCUAAGAACCAAAGCCAUAAAUGACGACUGUCCAACAACCCACCCAUCUAGCACCUCAUUCAAAGACAACCCACCCUAGCUAAACUGCAUCCCUAAUCCAUUUUUAGUCUAGACUUAAGUUUUUCAAAACAUCUCUCUUCAUUUGCCAUCUAUUCUUCUAUAAUAUUCUUUUUUUUUUUACUUUUGUAAUGCAUUUACACACACAGUUUGUGUAUUUGUAACGAGAACACGAUGAUUUUAUGAUAGACAUAGAGAUAACAAGAACAAGAACAAAAAAGCGAAACGAAAAAUAAAACAAAGUAUAAUUGUCUUUCCAUGUUUUAAACAUUAAAUACAAAAUUGUUGGAAAA